AUGAUUGGACAUAUUAGUAGAGACUGCCGGAAACCAAAGAAAAGGUUGAGCCAAGGCAAAGGUCCAGAAGUCAAUCAUGUGAAAGUAGAUUCUAGUUAUUCAAGACCACAUUGUCUGACGGUAGAAAUUCCGGAGUUAGAUUCUAGUCAAAAUAGUCGUAGUAGUAUUAUUCAAGGCAGAAAGCCAAAAAUUCGGAAAGGUAAUAAAAGUAAAGAAAGUCAAAAUUCGAAAAAGUUAUUCGAAAGAUUCUAA